AUGGAAAACACAGCAGAGCAUGAUGAAGCCCUGGAUGUUUAUGUUGACAUCGACCCAGCUGCCGCUAUAGCGACAGAUGAUGAGCACUCUUUGUCCAUCAAAGAAGCCUUCAAACGCUACCCAACGUCAGUGUUUUGGGCCAUUGCAAUGUCUCUCACCAUUGUAAUGGAAGGCUACGACACAAUUCUCAUUGGUAGCUUAUUUGCCUACCCCUCAUUUGUCGACAAGUACGGUGUCUAUGAAUCCGAUCCGGUUGUCAUGUCGGCCUUCAUCUUCAUUACUUUCUUUGCACCCUCUAUCCAGGUCCUUACAGCUGGACAAGUCCUGGUCGGCAUACCAUGGGGUAUCUUUGCCAUUAUGGGAUCUGCAUAUUCCUCAGAAGUGUGUCCUCUAGCUUUGAGAGGCUAUUUGAUCUCUUUUGUCAAUAUUUGUUGGGUCAUCGGCCAGUUCGUGGCUGCUGGAGUCCUGCAAGGUCUGGUUAACAACAAUACGGUAUGGGCGUUCAGAAUUCCGUUCGCCAUUCAGUGGGCGUGGCCGAUUCCCCUGUUUAUUCUUGCUCUUCUAGCCCCAGACUCGCCAUGGUGGCUUGUUCGCAAAGGCCGGCUGGCUGAAGCAGAAAAGUCGAUCCGCAAACUGCCACCUGGAUUGACGGAUACGCAAGUCAAGCAGAAACUCGCUAUGAUGGCUGAGUCGAGCUAUCGCGACUGUUUCAAGGGCACAAAUCUUCGUCGAACCGAAAUCGCCUGUGUGAUACUCGCUGCACAGACACUUCCUGGAGAAGCAAUGUGCUACAGUGCAUCGUAUUUCUUCACACAAGCAGGAUUGCCAUCUGAUGAUGCGUAUAAACUCAAUCUCGGAAGCAUUGCGCUCGCUUUCAUCGCUACUUGUUUGUCAUGGGUUCUCAUGACUUUCUUCGGCCGUCGAACGCUUCUGAUCAUCGGCCUAGGCCUCCUAACGUUGGACCUGCUUAUUAUUGGCUGCCUAUCAUACGCAGUAGGCUCCUCGGCUCAAUGGGCUCAAUCAGCCCUUGCCAUGCUCUGGUUAGGCAUUUACUCGGCCACUCUCGGUCCUCAGUCAUUUGCCUUGGCUGCGGAAAUCUCUGCCACACGUUUGCGAUCACAAACAAUCUCUCUAGCCCGCAAUGCUUACAACAUUGUUAAUAUCAUUGACAAUACAGUAGAAUCUUAUCUAAUUAACCCCACAGAAGCCAAUUUGAAGGGGAAGACAGCGUUCUUCUGGUUCGGCCUCGGGGUCCUUACAACAACUUGGGCGGUUUUCAGGCUCCCAGAAACCAAGAAUCGAACAUAUGAAGAGCUGGAUGUAUUAUUCGAGAGACAUGUUCCAGCGUGGAAAUUCUCGUCUGCUCAAAUCGACGUCGUGGCAGAAACAGAAAUCAUACAAGCAGGCGAAAAGGGAACUAAAACACAGCAGAUCGAAUACGCGGAGGCAGUUUGA